GGUCAACUAAAAUAUGUAACGACCGCGGUGUUCAACAUAGGUUAACAUAUGGACCUUGUUCUUAUUCAUGGUUUCGUCUUUCAAUUACAAAGACAUAAGCAAAAAAGCUAUAUUCUAAAGCGCUGGGCAUACGUUAAGUCUGACAGCCUGUUCAUAUUCCCAGAUCACACUAACCGUAAUAGUUGCCUUAAGAUUUUCCUCAGGCAUUCAGAUGUUUCUAUUUCAUACCCCGAUGAUGAUACUCCUUGGAUUACAAUCACAGAACAUCCCGGAGCUGUAUAUUAUCUGAAGCCCGAAACAGGAAAUUCUUUCCAAAAUUGGUUAACCGCCAUUCACAAAGCAUCAAAAAGUUAUGAAGGAUAUUCAGUAAACCAUGGUCAGGAAUAUGAACAACACUACGCUAAUAAACGCUCACAGGCGUCAACGGGGCAGAAUGUUCUAACUUCGAUCGGAUAUCAAGAGAAGAGAAAAUCGAAUCAACCAGAUGACAACUAUUUCAAUACGUAUCCUAUCAAUGAAAAUUUAAGAAUGAAUGAUGCUUAUGACAAAAAUAUAAAAUAUGCAAAUGGAAGAUCAUUAAAUCAAGGUUCUCAGUUCAAAUUUACCUCAGAUGAAGCGAAACCUCCACCAAGACCACCAAGAAAUCCACAUACCUUACAGACAGUUAAAGAACACGCCAGUAUGCGUGAUGAUGAGAUUGUAGAGACCAAACCAUUGGCCAAUGUGAAGCAUAGGUAUCCUGUUACUGGUCUAGCUAAACGAAUGAGUAUUGCAGCCUCUGAUCUUUUGGGUAAAUCGCGUGAUGACCUUAUUCUGCUACUUCUUCAACUGAAUCGUGAAAAAGCUAAUUUAAAACGAUGGUAUGAAUAUUUCACCUAUCAAAUUGAUCAAAUUAAAUUGAUAAAAGGGAAUACUAGAGAGGCUAGAACAGAUAUAGCCGCUAUCCAAACAGAAUUGAAUGACGUCACCGGACAGCUGGAAUUAUCUGAACCUUUAAUUAAAUUUUUAGAUAAUAUGAUACGUAUGGGUGAUGUAUAUGCAGGUGAUGAUGUUCUGUUUGCUAGUGAAUAUCGAAAGCAUUUAUUGCCUUCUCAUGAAAUUGUUCCAUCAAAGCCAAGUUUAGAAUUUGCCCGAGAUGUUGAAGAACGUGAAGUCGCCCGUGUACUGAAUAAUUCAAUGCGUCAAGUACAUCGUUCAGAAUCCCUAUCAGAUGGAACAACAGCAGCAGCAGCAGGUUACAGUAGUAGUAGUGGUAAACCAGUGUCACCUUUACCAUCAAUAACCGAUAUGGAUAUGAGUGAUCCAAUCAUUCCUAAAUUGGAUAAUAUGCCUGAACCAGAUGAAAUUCGUUUACAAAGACGACAGCUGGAAAAAGAAUUAGAUAAUUUGGAGAAAUUAUGUGCUCCGCAUCAGUUAAUUCAUAAUAAUUUGAGAAGUACACAAAAAGCAAUGAGACAAGUGGAUAAGGGUACUAAAUUGUCUUCAGAACAGCCGAAUAAAUUCACUUCAAAGGCACCAUCAGCAUCACUGCUACGCCGAUUACAUCCAGAUGGUGGAUAUUAUCGUCAACCGAAAUCAGCCAAUAGUUCAUUAAGACGAAAAACCUUCAAUAAUACAGAUGAAUACAAUGAUGAUAUAUAUGACUAUAUGUAUAAACGACCAAGUACCGGUUUUGAACAUUAUCCCCAGUCCUCAUUUCGACAUCUUAGAAAUAACAGUACUCACAGUAGUCAUGAUCGUGAUCGUCGUCAUAGUCACCGUCGUGAGAAUUAUCUCCUUGAUGAUGAAGGAGAUGAAGAUGCAAUCAAGAAAUUUCAAAGUAUUCCAGAUGAUUUAAAUCUACUACCAAGAGAUUCAUUAUUUAUGCAGAGUAAAAUAAAACCAUUACAAGAUGAAAGGCAUAAACCGUUGAAUUCUAGUAAUCCAACUGAUUUAAUCAACAAGUCAUCAGUUAGAUCACCGAAAACAUUUUACAAUCAAGGAAUAUUAUCACCAACAAUCAAUAAUAAUAAUUUUAAAAGAAAAUCAUUUGAACUACCUUCAAGAUAUGAUAAUCACAAUGAUGGUGAGGUUGUUAAUGAUCGACUACGUAGAAUGCCAUUUCGUGAAUUCUCUUGGAAUGAAAUACGGAACAGUAAUGAAUGGAGGUAUAAUAAUAAUGAUUUAUCGAGACAAAAAAGAUUCAAUGGAAAAUUCGAUGGGGAUUUAGAGGAUGAUCUUCGGGAGUAUUCUAAUUUUAUUCAAUCUAAACAGAAAGCGUUCACCUCUCAACAAAAAUCAUUUCCUUCCUAUGAUUCAAAUGAAUUAAAUCGCAAUAUUCAACAGAGGUUUGAUCAUUUACUCGAAGAUAUUGAUUUUCCAUCAGUUCCUGGUCAAUUGGAUAGAGAUGUUUCAUAUGAAGAUCGAUUGUCACGUAGGAAACACAACAGAGAUCAACUUGAGGAAAACAGAGUAUAUAAUGAUGCAAGAGUUGCACGCAGCCGACAACCAAUUACAGUUGUUGACAGUUAUUCAUGGAAGCCAUCAUCUUCGUCAUUGAGCACUCGUGGUCAGUAUCCAGAUACUGUGUAUGCAAAUAUUUCACAGAGUUAUUCAGGUUCAACUUUACAAAGAAGUGACAUCCUUACAGAUGUUAAUCAACCUGUUGAUCGUUCUGGUAAUCGAUCUGACUACUGUUCUGUUUACAAUUCAAAAAAAGACACGAUCAGUUCACGUCGUUCAUCAAUUUCAGAACAUAAUCGCAUACAACCAAUCCGAAGACAUUUACUGCCAUAUACAAAUACAGAUUCAAGUAAAUAUAAGUCAAGUGUAGGCAGUGAUUCACCAAGACAUGCAUAUCAGGAUCAUGAGAAUCUGAAUUCAACUGGAUCACUUGAAAGUGUGUUUACUACUCAAGAUCCGAAUACAAUAGAAGAACGUUGGUUAUCAACUCCAAAAUCUUCUCCGCGUAAAGAUGUCAAUAAAAGCAGUGACAAUAGCAACAGCAACACCAACAACAACAACAAAACUCCCACCGAGAAUGAAGAUAUUGUUAUUAUGUUAAGAAAUAAAGAAGAUAAGAUAAAUUCACUGAGAAAUGUUUUACUUCGACAAAGCUUAACAGACUCACCAGUAUAUAAUCCAAAAGAUGAUCGUAUGGUUGAUUUAGAUCAAACUAUAGAAAAGAAUACAGCUGUAGCUGAAAGAUUUCGUUUAAUUACCGUGAAAGAACAAUUAGCUAAAGAAGCAGCAGUAACUGUUGCACCUUUAUGGAAAUAAAUCCUGUGUCACAAGGCUACCGUUCACGUGAACAACCAUCUUUCAGUGCAUCUGGAUGAAUGGUAUUCAUUCAACACGUACACACACACACACACACACACACACAUAACGAUUCUCCUCGGCUUCACAAUCUACAUCGAUGAACAAUACAGUCUGCUGUAGAAUAUACUCAGCUCAGUGAUUUACUUAGCAGUUUUUUUCGCAUAUUGCAUCUGAUUAUCCUCUUUUUAUGCGUCUGUCGAACAAUGCAGCCUACAUUUGCGUAUUUACAGUGUAAUAUAUGCGUAAAACUAUACAAAAGUUAUUUGAUUUAUUCAUAUUAAUAAAGAACAGGCUGAUAUGAAGUUGAUUUUAAUCUAAUGUCUACCUCAAAACACUUCUCUUAUUUUCUAAUUGUAUAAUUCUCUUUUUCGACAGCAAUCGUAAUGGUAACAAUAAUAAUAGUAAUCCCUUUACGCAUUUUAAAAUCGAAUAUUCCCUAUCAUUUUUGUGUAGACUUCACUUCAUGUAUGCACACAUACAUUGGAGUGAAAAAUACUUUUUUCGUCUAAUACUUAUUUUACUUAUAAGUAGUUUGAUUUUGUAUGAUUAUUUUAUUCUAAGCAGCUCUUUACAAUGUGAAUUUGUGAUUUUUAAUUACACAAUUGUCUUUAAUCGAGAAUUUGGUUACAUUUAUACAUAACUAAUAACUUUUCUAAAAUAUAUAUA